GGUGUCCAGGCUUCGGGGUGGUUGCGAGAGGGCAGACUCAGGCGCCGCGGCCGCGCUCGCGGAGAUGGUGGGCGGGGAUGGGAGAGGGAGGAAACGGGGAGGGCAGAGCAAGACUGUGGUGGAGGAGGAACUGUUGCGCCCGCGGCUGCGCAGUGCUGCUCCCUCCGCUCCAGUUCGCCCGGGCGGGCGCGGCAGCGACGGCGGUGGUGGCAGCGCGGAGCCAGGGCGAUGCGGCGAUACCUGCGCAUCGUCGUGUUGUGUUUGGGCUGCGGUUUCUGCUCACUUCUCUACGCCUUCAGCCAGCUCGCUGUGUCACUGGAGGAAGGAGCAGGCGGCGGUGGCGGAAUGCCGCAGGCCGCAACAGCUUCCUGGCUCGCGGGCGGCGGACGCGGCGCUGCGAGAUGGGCGGGCAGCGCGGGCCCCAGAGCGCUUACCGGCGGGUCGGACAGGUGUAAAGAUUUCUCUCUGUGUUACUGGAAUCCCUAUUGGAUGCUGCCCUCUGAUGUUUGUGGAAUGAACUGCUUUUGGGAAGCGGCUUUUAGGUAUAGUCUGAAAAUGCAGCCCAUUGAGAGAAUACACCUAGCUGUAGUUGCCUGUGGUGAAAGACUGGAAGAAACUAUAACCAUGUUGAAGUCAGCUAUAAUUUUCAGCGUCAAACCUCUCCAGUUCUAUAUUUUUGCUGAAGAUCAGUUACAUGACAGCUUUAAAAGCAUACUUGAUAGCUGGUUAUUUCUACAAACAUUUAAUUAUACAUUAUACCCAGUAACCUUUCCAAGUGAGAAUGCAGCGGAGUGGAAAAAACUCUUUAAACCAUGUGCUUCCCAGAGAUUAUUUUUGCCAUUAAUCCUGAAGGAAGUUGACUCACUGUUGUAUGUCGACACUGACAUCCUUUUUUUACGACCCGUUGAUGAUAUUUGGUCUUUACUAAAGAAAUUUAAUUCCACACAAGUUGCUGCAAUGGCACCAGAGCAUGAGGAGCCUCGGAUAGGAUGGUAUAAUCGCUUUGCCAGACAUCCAUAUUAUGGAAAAACUGGAGUAAACUCUGGAGUUAUGUUGAUGAACAUGACUCGAAUGAGAAGGAAGUAUUUUAAGAAUGAUAUGACAACUGCACGACUACGAUGGGGAGAUAUACUUAUGCCAUUGCUUAAAAAAUAUAAACUAAACAUCACAUGGGGUGACCAAGAUUUAUUGAAUAUCAUGUUUUUUCAUAAUCCAGAAAGCCUCUUUGUUUUUCCAUGUCAGUGGAAUUACCGACCGGAUCACUGUAUAUAUGGAAGCAAUUGCCAAGAAGCAGAAGAAGAAGGUAUCUUUAUUCUUCAUGGUAACAGGGGUGUUUACCAUGAUGAUAAGCAACCAGCAUUUAGAGCUGUUUAUGAAGCACUGAGAAAUUGCUCUUUUGAAGAUGACAAGGUUCAUUCCUUAUUAAAGCCAUUAGAACUGGAACUACAAAAGACUGUGCAUACAUAUUGUGGAAAAAUCUAUAAAAUAAUUAUCAAACAACUAACAAAAAGCAUAAGAGACCGUUACAAUAGACCACCAAAAGAAAUAUGAUUCUUAGUGACUGCUACAUCAACUGAAUUAAAAGAAUAUCAGAGGAUAAGUAUGAAAGGAUAGUCUUGGACAGAGUGGUCAGUAAGGAAUUAAUUAUCCAUUUUGAGGAUAAUUUUUUUUUCCUGAUGGGGUUAAAUGAGCAAUAUGUUCAUGUAAUUAUGAGUAAGUUAAAAUCUUGGCCCUUGCUAAGGACAUUUUAGACCUCUGGUGUUUUGUAGCGUUAUUUGCUAUCAUUCCAGUAUUGAUGAAAAUAUUGUUGAAUUAUUGAAUAGACUACAGACUUCUGUUGACUGUUAUUCUCAAGUGAGUAAGAACAGUAGGGGUAUAUGGAUGGAGGAAAUGUACCUCAUACACAAUGAAAACACUCGAACUGUGAGUAUAGCAAUAAUUUGUGUCAGCACUAACCUCACUUUAAAUGUAUGAGAACAAACUUGUUUACAGGAGCAGAAAAGGUUCUGUUUCUUAAGAAAUGUGAUGUAACCGAUGUAACCAUUGACAAUCUAUGUGUGCCUUUAUACAUUUCAUCUCUGUUUUAAAAUAUUUUUUUG